AUGGUCAAAAUUAAUGAGAAAAACAUUUCAGAAAAGAAGAAACCAAUAAUAAAAAAAACUGAAAAUGAAGAAUAUAAUACAACAUCAUUAAUAGAAGAUACAACAAAUAGUAAAGAAGACCUCAAUAAUAACAAUAAUGAAAAUGAAAAAAGUGAGCAAAUUAAAAAAAAUUAUGAGAAUAAUCCAAGUUUAGAAUCAAGUUUGGGAUCAGAUAGUGAAAAUUCAGAAAAUUUUGAAAAUUUAUUAAAAAAUGUUAAAGUAAUUAAUAUUUCAAGUUUUAAUAAGAAUCAAAUAAAUUCAGACAAAAGUUCAAAAUCCUUUUCUAUUAAUGGGAAACAUUUGCCUAUGGUUUUAUCUUUCAUAUACAAUUUUAUGGUUGAACAUGAAUUUAUUGAAACUCUUGAAGUAUUUGAGAAGGAAUAUGUAAAGAAAUUUCAAGACGAUAUUAAUAAUCUAAGAAAAAUAGAAUAUGAAGAUUUAUUUACACAAAACGAGCUAUUAAGAAAUGAUUUUUUAAAUCACGAAAAAUUUACAAAAGAAGUUCAAAGUUCUUUAGAAGAUGCAAAUAAAAAAAUUCAGAAAAUUAUAAAAGAAAGAGAUUAUUAUAUUAUGCAUCAUAAACGGGUCCUCCAAGAAAAGGAAACUUUAAAUAAAGAAAUACAUAAACAGAAAAAUGAAAUUGAAAAAAUUCAAAAUUCUGUUGAUGAAAUAAAAGUGAAAUAUGAAUCUGCUAUUAAAGAAAAAAUGUUGGUUGUCCUGGAAAAAGAAAAAAGGGAUGCUAAAAUAGAAGGAUUAAAUAAGUAUAUAGAGAGAUUGAAAGAUAUCUUAGGAAGUAGUAAAUUAGAUGAUUCAACACUUGAUAUAUCUUCAAUAAAUGCAAAGGAAAGUGAAGCAUCGCAUAAUAUUUUAAAAACUGAUAAAAAUAAUUUAGGAAAAGAUAAUGUAAAAAGAGAAGAUACACCUUGGCCUAGCAAUGAAAAUGCUGAUUGUUCCUUUAUUGAAGAAAAUAAUGAGAACGAUAAUAUUUUUAAUUUAUCUAUUACAUCCUUAAAUAUUGAAAAAUCUUUUAAUGCUCAUAAUAAUGCAGUAUUAGGUCUUGCAUACAAUGAUGAAGUUCAUUUAUUAGCAACGGGAGGAGAUGAUGGUUUGUGGAAAACAUGGAGUAGCAUGAAUUAUGAAUUAGUAAUGGCUUCUCAGGGACACAAAAAAUGGAUUGGAGAUAUAUGUUUUAAUAACAAGGGGAAUAUUUUAUGUACAUGUAGUGGAGAUUCUAAAAUAAAAAUGUGGGAUUUAGUAAAAGAAAAAUGUGUUCAUACUUUUAAAAAUUCAACAGGGCCUAUAUGGAGUUUAUCGUUCCAUCAUCAAGGUGAUUUUUUUGCUUCUGCUUCAAUGGAUCAAACAAUAAGAAUAUUCGAUAUAAAUAGUUUAAGACAAAGACAAAUUUUAAGAGGUCACGUUGAUAGUGUUAAUUCUGUAAAUUUUCAUCCAUAUUUUAGAACACUUGUUAGUGCAUCCGUGGAUAAAACUGUAUCUAUAUGGGAUAUGAGAAGUGGAUUAUGUGAAAAUACUUUUUAUGGGCAUCAUUUCCCAUGUAACUAUUCUAAUUUCAACAAAGACACAAAUUGGAUAAUUUCUUGUGAUUCUGGUGGUGUUGUUAAAAUAUGGGACAUACGAACAAAUAAAUGUUUUAUUAAUAUAGAUGCAGGACCAGCAUGUGCAAAUAAAUGUCCGAUGGAUAAAAACAAUAAAUAUUUAUUUAUAGCUUCAGAAGAUCAUACAAUUAAAAUAUUUAAUGUUGUGGAAAAAAAGUUUAUUAGAGUAUUAAAGCAUGAAUUCCCAAUAAAAAAUGUUAUACUUGCAAAUAAUAAAAUAAUUUGUUCAUUAUCCAGUGGAAAUAUAUGUAUUUGGGAGCAAAAAACAAACUAA